CCUUACGCAAUGGUUUGGUCUGCUUUUAAACUUCAGAGCGCCGAUCUUUAACUGUAGCAGACAGUUGCCUCUCUGCUAUAUUCAUGUGCUACACAGUUGCAUUUUAUCGUGUGAAUAUAAUUUAAAACGUCACACUGAUUUACAAACGUUGUCUGAAGACUCAACACAAUUGCUGGCAUGCAGAAUGCAAACCCAAUAGAGGAGGUGGGAGGCGACACACCCUGUGAUGUGCCCUGUUUCCAGAAACUUGACUCCCCAACAGGGAGCCCUCCCAAACAAGCCUCUCUCGCAGAUAUGAUGGAGUUUGAGAAUUGUGUUUCUAAUCUCAGCCUUGCACAUGAGAUAGUGAUGAACAGAGACUUCAGCUUCAGACAAAACAGCCCACCCAAAGACAGCUUGGAAGGGAGAAUAUCUGACAUAGUUCACAGUGCGUUCUGGGACUGUCUUCGUGAGCAGCUUUCAUGCAGCCCUCCAGACUAUGUCCAUGCUGUCAUUCUGCUACAAGAGGUGAAAACUACCGUGCUGUCCCUGCUCCUGCCUGGCCACGUGCGUCUGAAGGCCCAGGUGGAGGAGGUUCUGGACCUGGAGCUGAUCCAGCAGCAGGCAGAUCACGGGGCCCUGGAUCUGCAAAGAUUGUCACGCUACAUCAUCAAUACCAUGGCCUCCCUGUGUGCCCCUGUACGGGACCCAGAGAUCAAGACACUACGGGAUCUUUCGGACCCAGUGGAUCUCCUCAGGGAGAUCUUCAGAGUCCUUGGCCUGAUGAAGACAGACAUGGUCAACUUCACCGUACAGAGCCUCAGACCUAAUCUUCUUCAGCAGGCGGUCCAAUACGAGCGAGCCAAGUUCCAGGAGAUCCUGGAGGAGCAGCCUGAGUUCUUGGAAAAGACCACCGUUUGGCUUCAGGUGGCAGCACAAGAGGAGGCAUUGGUCAGUACCCAGUCUGACCUUGACACUGGGACUCCCAAGCCACGUGGUCCAUUAAGUCCUACUGCCGUCCUGAACAGGGCUUACCUGCAACUGCUGAGCUGGGACCCCCAUGACCAGAACUACCCUGAGACAGUUCUGAUGGACAGAGCCCGCAUAGAUACACUGGGGCAGAGGCUGAGUCUGCUGGUUCUUGAGGCAUCAGUUCUGCUGUUGACCAGCACACAGUGUGGGGCCGCUGUUUUCUCUCUGCAGGGGUUUGUAGGUAAACUCAAGCAGACCAUCACUGCCCUGCUGGAGGGCAGUCACAACAGGGACUUUGACCUGCAGGGGGCGUUGCUGGGGCUGAGGGAGCAGGUGCUGGUGCAGGUGAAGGAGGCUCUAAUCACCCAGGAAGGACCAGCGCUGCCUCAGGACAGUGAAGACAUGCUUAAGGGACAGAUCUCAGACCUGGCCAAGAACAACAACCCCAUCCACACUCUCAUAGAAGAAAGAGUGCAGGGCUACCUCCAGGCCAUGCUAGAGGGAGACCCCACUAAAAAGAGUCCGUCCAUGCCCCCUGCCCUGAGGCUGCUGAGUGCUGAGGUGGCAGAGCUGGGAAUGGCCUUUGGGCGAAUGGUCCAUUUCAACCGCUCAGUUUUCGGCCCCUUCUACGCCCCCAUCCUAAGGAAGAUGCUGUUUCCAUCGGGAGAGGCCGAGAUGGGGGAGGACUCCCGCUAGUCCCCCCAACACCUCAGGUCGCCUGCAUAAGCUGCCAUUCAACAUUUACACAAUGUAGAGCAGGGUUCCCAAACUGGCGACCCGCGGGCCAAAUCUGGCACGUCAACAAUAUUAUUUGGCUCCCCCAAAGACCCCCAACUUAAAUUUAAAUAUUUUUUAAUUACAAAAAUGUAUAAAAAUCUCGCACCUGAGAUGCAAAAACUCCCAAAUGCAAUGUCCCAAGAAGGAAGUUAACUUAACUUUUGCAUUAUUUAGGUAGGGUAACUUCAUUCACGAGGAGAGAGAAUGCAGGAGACAGUCAACUAAUAAAUCAGGCAAUGGACCAUUUUGUGGUGCUGAAUCUUAAAGCUGCAACCACAGCACAAUCAAUAGGAGGUGAACAGUGCUGGUGCUGGAAAUAUAGCUAACUUGCUAUGCAAGUGUUGCACAGCGACAGAUGGAGAAAACCUACACCAGUCGAGUAAUUCAUUUCAACAAUAAUCUUCAUUUUAAUUUGACUUUACAAACAAGAAGAGGGCUUAAUUGUCUUCUGAGCCUAGGCCUACCUAAAGCCUAGGCCUACAUAAAAUAACAACUGUCUGAGGUAUGCUAUAAGGCUUAACAGCAUCUUUCACAAGAAAAAGAUUAUAUGGCCUAAUAGAAGUGGGAUUUGUUUUUUUACAAGGUCUCCUUACAAUUGCAACUGGUCAAAAAAGGAGCAUCCUAGAUAAAACAAUAAUUCCAAGAAAAAAAGGUGAAUGUCUAUCAGGAUAGCCUGCUCCUGUAACGACAGAAAAAACAGAUAAUACUGUCAGCUUGAGACCUAAAUAUCCCUGGAUAAGCACUCACAAUAAUGUUAGUAUUUACUAAAUACAGUCAUAUAGGCCACAAAGUUACUCACUCAAUGGGAAAAGUUGCAUUUCCCCUCGAUCUUGUGGAUGUCACGUGAGAUGGAUGUGAUUUUGAUGCGCAGGCAGUCAACGAUUGACUUAUGUGAAAGCCAGUUCCUGUCCUGAGUCUAUAUUGCAUACAUAGAGUAAAAUUAGAACUCGCAGGAUUAAGUCGAUCCAAACAUUGUUAGCACAUGAAAUGCACGUUUCUUUAUUGGCUGUAUUCCUCUGAGCAUGCCACCCAAAACGCACACAAGGACUCGGUACUCCUGAGCGCAUCCCUGAUUUGGCUCGAUGUCUGUAAUUCUAUCAGCUCAGUUUGAAUUGUUUUAUUUUAAUAGCAUUUAAUUUAAACUUUAUUUAACUAGGCAAGUCAGUUGAGAACAAAUUCUUAUUUACAAUGACGGCCUACCCAGGCCAAACCCGGACGACGCUGGGCCAAUUCUGCGCCACCCUAUGGGACUCCCAAUCACGGCCGGAUGUGAUUCAACCUGGAUUCGAACCAGGGACUGUAGUGACGCCUCUUGCACUGAGAUGCAGUGCCUUAGACCGCUGCUCCACUUGGGAGCCCAAUCCAGCGAGGGUAUCGUUUUCUUAGCAAGGGAGGAGCGUUCUCCAUCUGGGCGGACUGUGAGAGGAGCACGUACAAACGCAAUGAUAUCCAUGGGCAUUCUGUAGUCUUCAAAUCUGGUGGAGAAGUUGUCCCUCAGCUGCUUGAUGAAAUCUUCCAUGCUGCGGUCUGGUCCCUCUGCCUGUCGUUUCUUCAGUGUGCUGAAGUCCAAAUCGAACAACUCAAGCUUCCACAAGUUUUUCCACCAUGUCCACGACUGUUUUCCAUCUUUCUUGUUACUGGAGAAUUAACCAAUUUAUGUGACAGAAUAUGUCAGCCAAAAAAGCAGUUUAUGUAGCUUGCAGUUAACGCUUAAAUGUUUCUGCGUCGGGCCUCUGUCUCAGGCGGAAGACCACUUUGAAAAUUCCAUGCCUAGAUUCAUAAUAACGUAUGAGAUUAAAUAAUUUGCACAUAGCGACGUUUUCAUUUCAAAUAAGACACACUGGCUUGGCAUUGGGAAAAUAUGGUCAAAUGAACGCAUAUCUCUUUGUACAUUUUCCCUGAUACUUUUUGAGAGCGACAUUUUCUCUUGUAUCAAGCCAAUUGUUCGGAACGAAUGUUGACGUUAACAAAAUCAACACACAGAGAAAGACAAAAAUAAUAACUGAAUAGAGACAUGGUGAUUUUAUGAGCGUAAUCAGAUCAAAAUGAUUGUUAUUGUCACAGAAUGUAUUAUGUACUAAUCAGAUGUGUUAAAAAUAUUGUUCAAUUUGUAGUGUAGGCCAAUUAAUUGUGCUAAUAUUAUAUACUAAUUAUGUUCUGGCCGCUGACUAUUAGCUCAGAGAAAAAUUGGGCCAAAGGCCAAACCUAGUUGACGAACCCUGAUGUAGAGUGUUUAUACUGUAUAUUUAGAUUUUAGAAUAUAAAUACAUUAGUAACGUUUGUUAAACCAAAAACAGGCCAUCAGAUAAGUAGAAUAUUCAUAUAAUCAUACUGGAAUACAUUUUCCCCAGGACACAUAUAAUAUUUGUUGUGGCAACCCUUGUGAUAAUCAUUUUACUAAUAUCUAGAGUUUGCAUGCAUGUCAGCUGGAAUGUAUUAUAUGUGCAUUAGCUAGAGAUUGUUGUGUACAGUAGGUUUAUUGAAUGGUAUGUACUGUAUAAUUUAAAGCACUUACCAAAAAUAUGUCUGCACUUUAACUAUUUAAAAUACAUCUAUAUUUUAAUAUUUUGGAACUGUACAUUACAUAAUGUGUGAAAUUUGUUGGGGGAUUAUUGAGUGACAUUUUAUGCAUUCUGACCAACUGAACAAAAAUAUAAACGCAACAUGUAAAGUGUUGGUCCCAUGUUUCAUAGGAUGAAAUAAAAGAUCCCAGAUGUUUUCCAUA